GGGCGCAGCGGUGUCAGUCCGCUCCAGCUCUCCUCUGAAUCGGUCGCUUGUUGCUGGUUGCGCUCAGCAGCGGAUCUACUGGAGGGCGUCCAUUCCGCCGUUUCUGUCUCCUUUAUCCUGACAGUUCAGCUCGGAGCAGCAGAGACUCAGAGCAGGAACAGCUCCGGGUUUUUCCCGACUGAACAGUGAUUUUUUUCUUCCUCUUUUAUUAUUUAUCUCCCUUUUUGGAGUGUUGAUUUCCUGCUGGGUUUAAUAAUAACAUAACAGAGAACCGGGAGUAUUGAGGUGCCCCUUUUUACCUGAUUUGUCUUAUUUUGGUUCUUGUUUUUAAGCCUUUGGAUUAUUUUCUUCUCGGAGAUGCCAAGUUGUUCCCUGUGAAUCGCAGGAUGCUGGGGACUCUACAACCACCAGAUCUCUUACUCUAAGAGAAUUGCUGUUAUUUCCCCUUUUUCCUCUCUGGACGUUUCACCUCUUUUUAUUUUUUUAUUUUUUUUUUGUGUGUUUAUAUUAUCUAUGUGGUGCCACAUAUUAAGGAUGCGUUGUGGAUUUCUAUUGUUCCUUUUCAGCCAAAUAAUCUUGGUGUCUCCGUUUACUCAGACUGAUAUGUGCGGAGGAAGCAUAAAGAUCACUAAUGCGGAUUACCUGACCUCCCCGGGUUACCCCACCUCGUACCCGCCCUCCCAGCAGUGCGUAUGGGUUAUAACCGCCCCUGAAGAUGGUCAGAAAAUCCUUAUCAACUUCAACCCGCAUUUUGAUCUGGAGGACAGAGACUGCAAGUAUGACUAUCUGGAAGUCUACAAUGGCGGACAUGAGACGUCGCCCAUGCUGGGGAAGUUUUGCGGGAAAAUUGCGCCCUCUCCAAUCAUCUCGAGUGGCAAGCAGCUCCUUAUAAAGUUCGUCUCUGAUUAUGAAACCCAUGGAGCUGGAUUCUCAGUUCGAUACGAGGUCCUCAAAACAGGUCCAGAAUGCUCCAGAAACUUCACUGCUUCCAGCGGCAUCAUUGAGACACCAGGAUUUCCUGACAAGUACCCAAACAAUCUGGACUGCACCUUCAUGAUAUUUGCCGCCAACAUGGCAGAGAUCGUUGUGGACUUCAACAGUUUCGACAUGGAACCAGAUACAACGCCGCCGCCAGGCGCCGUCUGCCGAUACGACUGGCUGGAGAUCUGGGAUGGCUUCCCUGCAGUGGGUCCCCACAUCGGCAGAUACUGUGGCAAUUCCUCCCCAGGUCGGGUCAUCUCCCACACUGGCAUCCUGUCCAUGACCAUCACCACGGAUAACGCCAUCGCCAGGGAGGGGUUCACGGCCAACUACACCAUCCGGGAGAGGAUCCUGCCAGCUGGGCAUGAGGCCGAGGAUUUUGGCUGCAUGGAGCCUUUGGGCAUGGAGUCUGGAGGCAUUACCUCUGACCAGAUCAAGGCUUCCUCCCAGUAUAACUCCAACUGGUCACCAGAACGAUCCCGACUCAACUACCUGGAGAACGGCUGGACACCCUCAGAAGACAACAACAGGGAAUGGAUACAGGUGGACUUGGGGUUUCUCAGGUUUGUCACAAACAUUGGGACUCAGGGGGCAAUUUCCAAGGAGACCAAUAAGCACUACUUUGUCCGUUCCUACAAAGUGGACCUCAGCACCAAUGGAGAGGACUGGAUAACAGUGAAGGAAGGAUCCAAACAGAAGAUCUUUCGAGGGAACUCCAACCCUACAGACGAAGUCCGUGAUUUCCUGCCCAAACCCACCUUGACUCGAUACAUCCGUAUUCGCCCUUAUACCUGGGAACAGGGCAUCUGCAUGCGCUUUGAGGUCUAUGGCUGCAGAAUAUCAGACUACCCGUGCUCGUCGAUGUUAGGCAUGGUGUCAGGGCAGAUCUCCGACGCUCAGAUCAGCGCCUCGUCCUUCGCAGACCGGGGCUGGGUGGCUGAGAACGUCCGGUUAUUGACGGGCCGGUCGGGGUGGACCGGGCAGCAGACCAAGCAGCCCUUUAGAAACGAGUGGUUACAGGUGGAUUUGGGCCAGGACAAAAUGCUGAGCGGUGUGGUGAUCCAGGGAGGAAAACACCGCGACCGCAACGUUUAUAUGAAGAGGUUUAAGCUGGGCCACAGCCUGGACGGAGACCACUGGACCAUCAUUAAGGAGGAGAACACCACAAAGCCCAAGAUAUUUAUUGGAAAUCAGAACCAUGAAACCCCAGAGCUGAGAUCACUCAGUCCACUUCUGACACGAUUCGUCCGGAUCUACCCAGAGAGAGCGACUGCAGAGGGCAUGGGUCUGCGUUUGGAGCUGCUGGGCUGUGAACUGGAAGGUCCUCCCACCUCCCCGCCUUCCUCCACGCUCCCCAUGACAACGUUCGGAGCGACCACGGCAGCGCCGCCCACGGCUCCCAACACGAUGCUCAGCUCAGAUUGCGAGGACGGGCAGAAGGACUGUGGUGAUGAAAUGGGGGAUCCCGACGACUACGAGCCUUUUCGAGUCUCCGUGAUCCAAACGGUCCCAGACGGUCCAAACAUUCCAGAUUACCUUUGGUUCGCCUGUAACUUUGACUUCCCAUCAUUAUGCGGUUGGAACAAGGACGUCGGUUCAGGAGCCGAGUGGUUUAUCCAGAGCACUGAAGACCCUGCUGUCCACAGACCGCCGGCCCUCGACCACACAGGCAGUCCAGGGAACUUCAUCUACAUGCAGCUAACAGAUGCAAUCACACCCAUUAAAACUGGAGAUGACACGAGUGAGGAGGAGAGGGUGGCCCGGCUGGCCAGUUUACCCAUCACCUCGCCGGACGGCAGCCUGUGCAUGUCCUUCUGGUACCACAUGGCUGGCGAGCGAGCUGAGGUGCUCCGCAUCAGCUACAGGGAGGAGGGCGACGAGCUGGUCCUGUGGUCCAUGAGUGGCAAUGAGGGCAGCAGAUGGAGAGAAGGCCGGGUUUUACUUCCACAAAGCAGAAUCCCAUAUCAGGUGGUGGUUGAAGGAAGUGCAGACAGACACACCACUGGACACAUAGCAGUGGAUGACAUCAAAAUCCUGGACGCUCUGGACAUUCAGGGCUGCAAGGACCCAGAAGCUCCAACGUCUCCUUCCACUAAGAUCCUAAUGCUACACCCAGAAGCUCCAACGUCUCCUCCCACUGAGAUCCUAAUGCUACCCAUGGACUCCCUCUCUCAGGAAACAGGUGAUCUCGGCAGACCGGGCAACAUGCUGAAGACCAUAGACCCCAUCCUCAUCACUAUCAUCGCCAUGUCAGCUCUAGGCGUCUUCCUGGGAGCCAUCUGUGGCGUUGUGCUGUACUGUGCCUGCUCGCAGGGCAGCAUGACCGACAGGAACUUAUCUGCCCUGGAAAACUAUAACUUUGAGCUGGUGGACGGCGUCAAACUAAAGAAGGACAAGAUGAACGGACAGACAAACAACUACUCAGAGGCGUGAGCUUUAGAGACAAAGGGGCAGGGCCACGACGGCUCUGUGAGUGGACACGUUACAAGCAGCCAACUACGGGGCUGACGCCACCAAUGGGACAGCAGGGUUGGCUGAUAGUGAGCCGAUUUAAUUUUGAUUUCUCAGGAGCGGUGGUGGAAGAGACUCACCUGUAGGGGGUGCUGUGUAUAAAACAACCUGUACAGCAAAACAAAAAAAAAGAAGAAAACUGAGGAUUUUCUUUGUUUUUCGGCGUGCUUUGUUGAUUUUGCGUAAUCACAUGCUGGUGUUGAGACCAAUUCAGAUGAAAGUAUCGUCAGUGAACUAUAACUGAAAGUUUUAAUGUUUCUGUUUGUUGGUUUUCUCGUCCUUUUGUGCGAAAGUUUAUGCCGAAUGAGCAAAAGUUAGCCUCACACGUGUGUGAAAGUGUGUGUGGAUGCCUCACACUCAUUUACAUCUGCAUCCGAAGUGUGUGUGAAUAACUGAAGGGUGUGUGUGAGUGUGUGAUCUUAACGCAGGACCACCGUCCUGCUCGAACAGUGCCUUUUUUUUCCUGUUUUUCUGUUGCCUUGUUUUCUGCUGGUUGUUUUUCCAUCUGCUGGGAUUCUUUCCAGGGUUCCUACAUGGACUAAGGGAAAGUUUGCAGGCUGUGGCCGUGAAUCAGCAUCGUUUUAUCGCUGUGAUUUUAACAUAAAAGCAUCUGGUUACACUGACAUUCACUCAGCUGUUGAGUUCCAGGUUUAUAUCCGUAGAACUGAAGAAAACUAUGAAAGUUCCCAAUAUAGUAAAUGUGUAGGAGCCCUGAAUGCCUCAUAUUCAUGGCACAUUACACCUCCAACUUAUUGUAUAUAGGUUUUAAUAUAUAUUUGAGCGCCCUUUUCUAUAGAGGAAGAAAGCAGUACUGCAGUAUCUUUUUGGGAUCUCCUUUUUCACCUGAUGUUGAAUGAUGUGGCAGAGGAGAAAACACACACAAGAAAAGGAAUUUAUGUCUUUAGAUGGUAUAAAAACAGACAACAUAUCAGUCUCAGUGCAAACAAGAGCAGUGAUGAUAUAUUUGAUCUAUUUUGACAUGAGCUCAGAAGACUAUAUUGUAGGAAAUGUAAUCCCCCUUUAGUUACCAUUCUUAUCAGUGAGAU